UCCUUGUUUCUCAUUGUGCAAAUGCGGUCACCAAAGCAAUCAAAGAAGAGAUGGGUGAUUGUCUUUUCUCCGUUCUUAUUGAUGAGUGCCGUGAUAUAUCGGUGAAAGAACAAAUGGCCGUGGUUAUUAGGUACUUGAGCAAACAAGGAGAGACUAUUGAACGUUUUUUAGGUAUUAAGCAUGUCCCGGACACAACAUCUGCUUCUUUAAAGAAGGCAUUGUUGGAGGUUUUUGCUAAACACGGUCUAGUUGUUGCACGACUACGAGGGCAAGGGUAUGAUGGGGCAUCUAAUAUGAGAGGAGAAUUCAAUGGCCUUCAGAAGUUAAUUCGAGAUGAGAACCCAUAUGCUUUCUAUAUCCAUUGCUUUGCCCACCAACUGCAGUUGGUAGUUGUUGCUGUUUCGAGAUGCUGCAAGGGUGUUGAGGAUUUUUUUGAAUAUGUGACCAUGAUAUCUAAUCUCAGUACGUCAUCUUGCAAGAGGAAGGAUAAAUUGCUUGACAAGCAAAAACAGGUUCUUUUGGAUAAGAUUAGGGGAGGUGAGAUGCCCACAGGAAGAGGCAAAAAUCAAGAAACAUCCUUGGUCAGACCUGGAGAUACAAGAUGGGGCUCUCAUUACACAACCUUAUCUCGCAUUGAAUCAAUGUGGGAUGCAGUCAUAGAAGUUUUGGGCAUUGUUGAGGAUGAUGUGCGUGUUCCAUGUAGAGCAGGAGGUUUGGUUCAUCAAAUGGAGACUUUUAGCUUUGUGUUCAUCCUGAAGAUGAUGCUAAAGAUCCUUCGUAUGACAAAUGAUUUGUCUCUUCUAUUGCAAAAGAAGGAUCAAAAUGUUGUUCAGGUAUGUGAUCGAUCAUGUUAUAUGUAUCUACUCUGCUUGAUAUAUUUUGUUCAUGAAAACAUACAUGCAUCUAAAAUUGUAAUUGUCUCAUUUCAGGCAAUGUCAUUGGUUACGGAUGUGAGAACACGUUUGAUCAAUUGGAGAAAUGAUGGUUGAGAGCCACUCUUGGAAGAUGUCAAAGCCUUUUGCACCAAAAACGACAUUCCAAUACCAAAUAUGGAUGACAUGUUUACAAAGUGGGGAAAAUCAAGAAAAGGUGGACGAAACAAUGUCACAGCUGAUCAUUUUUUUCGUGUGGACACCUUCUAUGCUGCCAUAGACUCCAUCACCACAGAGUUUGAUCAUCGUUUCAAUGAGGUAUCUUCAGAGCUGCUCCAGAACUUCUCUUGUCUUGACCCAAGAAACUCCUUUUCUAGGUUCAAUGUGAAUAAGCUUGCUAGACUCACAGAGAUUUAUUGUGAGGAUUUCUCAGAUUAUGAACGUGAACAUAUAGUUGAUAACCUCGAGCUAUUCAUUAUCCAUAUGAGAAGAAUUGAAGAAUUUAGAGCUUGUCAUGAUAUUGCAAGCCUAGCUAAAAAGAUGGUUGAACUUGAAAGGCAUGUCAUGUUUCCUGCUGUUUAUCGCCUCAUUGAGUUGGCAUUGCUACUACCGGUAGCGACGGCAACAGUUGAAAGAGCCUUCUCAUCAAUGAAAAUCAUCAAGACUGAGUUGCGCAGCAAGAUGUCUGAUGGCUGGCUUAAUGACUUGAUGGUGUGUUACAUUGAGCGAGCGAUCUUCAAAAGUAUUGAUCUUGAUAAAAUUAAGGAAGAUUUUCAGAAGGAAGGUAGGGCACUGCCAUUGCCUGGGUCUUCUACACGCCAUUAAAAGCUUCAUUAUCGGUAUGUUUAGGUUGUUUCCUAUUGAGACAUGUCUACAUUUCCAUUGUAUUUGGUUAUUCGUUCGUAGUGUGUAUUGUUAGUCAGUGUUGUUACUUGUUAGUGUGUAUUGACUCUUUGAUUCGCAUAAAAAAUAAAUCUUAGUGAGACUUCGCCACACCUUAAAUUUUUUUCGUGGUCCGCCUCUGGUCGCAGUGAAGCGUCGCGGCGGCUACCUGGGCUCCGGUGCAGCACUCGCCGGCGGCUGCUGGUGCUGCGAGGUCGAAGCAAGAGAGGGGCCUGUUGUACGAUGUGAGGAAGAGAUCGUGCGUGUGUUGACCAUGCAGACCAGCUGAGAGAAAAGAUCCGACGGGUGUGAUGGGGCUGAUCGAACGGUCAGGGAGGCGGCUUAAAUCUUCCUGGCAUCAGCCGGUUGAUUUGUAGCAUUGGCCUUAGUAUUUGCGCUUGUACGGGGGUUAGCAGCAGCAUGUGCCUGGGUUGUAUUAAAAUUCCUCUACCGGUGGGUUUGUGUUUGGUCGGUUAUCUAUGCAUAUAUAUAUAUGCACAGCCUCUGCGUGAGAUUGUAAGCUGAGAAAACAAGAGAAGAACUAAAGAAAAAUACGAGGCAUACCAAA